AACAACCGAAACAAUACCAUAUGAAAUCGCAAGGAUUUCAGAACCACUUUUUCGCUUUAGGGAAGAGGAUCUUCAAUGUGAUAACAAGAAUAAUGACCCAACAAGAAGACAAGUUCACCACAAAGAGACAAAAGAAAGCCCAAUAACCCUUAGGAAUAACUCAACUAAACAAGUCUCACCCUUGACCAACUCAAAGGCAGAAAUAAUUUUGAAAAAUGUCACAUUGACAUUGAAGAGAACAAUCUGUAGAUGUUUUAGGAUCUUAUGUGAGAGAGAGAGAGAGAGAGAGAGAGAGAGAGAGAUGGCGUCGGGAGGAGGAGGAGGAGAGCAGUUUCCGCCGCAGAGGCAGGAGAGGCAGCCGGGGAAAGAGCACGUGAUGGAACCCCCUCCCCAGUUCGCCAGCCCCGAUUACAAGCCCGCCGGCAAGCUCAAGGGGAAAGUCGCCCUCGUCACCGGAGGGGACUCCGGUAUAGGGAGAGCGGUCUGCCAUUGCUACGCGCAAGAGGGGGCAACGGUGGCAUUCACCUUCGUGAAGGGUCGAGAGGACAAGGAUGCGAACGACACGCUCCGGAUGCUGAUACAAGCGAAGGCGUCUAACACGAUGGAUCCGAUAGCCAUAGGCGUGCCUGAUGUAGGGUACGACGACACUUGCAAGGAAGUGGUUCAUGAAGUGGUCAAUAAGUUUGGUCGGAUUGAUAUACUUGUGAACAACGCUGCUGAGCAGUAUGAGUCCAGCAACAUUGAAGAGAUUGAUGAGGCGAGGCUUGAGAGAGUCUUCAGGACUAAUAUAUUUGCCCCCCUCUUCAUGACCAGGCAUGCUCUGAAGCACAUGAAGGAAGGUAGCGCCAUCAUCAACACGACGUCGAUAGUCGCUUACAAAGGAAGUCCCAAGCUGCUCGACUACACGGCAACCAAAGGAGCGAUCGUAGCCUUCACCAGAGGACUUGCGCUUCACCUAGUGAGCAAGGGCAUACGAGUCAACGGCGUCGCGCCGGGGCCCAUCUGGACCCCACUGAUCCCGGCCUCCUUCGGCGAGGAAGAGGUCAAGAAGUUCGGGUCGGAGGUGCCAAUGAAACGGGCCGGGCAGCCCAUCGAGGUCGCGCCGUGCUACGUGUUUCUCGCGUGCAACCACUGCUCCUCCUACAUGACUGGCCAGGUCCUUCAUCCCAAUGGUGGUGCAAUAGUGAACGGUUAA